AUGGGCUUUGAAGGUGGCCGAGCUCGAGUCGCAGGUGCGGACCAGGUGCGACAGGGCGACGGAGGUCGCCCUGCGCGUCCGCGCCGUGUGGCAGGAGGUCGGGGAGGUGCCGCGCGCAGAGGACGAGGUGGUGGUCCGGGUGGUGGACGGGCAGAUUGCGGACCCCGCCCCGGCGGCAGCGGUGGCGGCGUGCAGGGACGGGCCGCCCGGGAUCUGCUUGUCGACGACUCGGCCAUGGCCGCCGUGGAGAACACCAGCGAGUUCUGGGCCCUCAGGGCAAAGGAGGUCGCGGCCGAGGCCGCGAGCCUGCACGCCAUGCUGGGCGGCUACGAGCCGGUGGCCGCCGCCGGGGAGG